UUUGCAGACUAGUAUAUACAAGUAUGUACAUUGAAAUAUCGGACGUACUCGUGGAAUAUGUGAAAUGAUGUUAUUGGUCUAUGGUAUUCCUAUGGUGGUGCAGUAAUGAUUACCCUGAGACCUAGUGAAAGCUGGGUGCCGGGAGUAUAUGACUGUCUUUCAGUAACGUCAGCGUGAUAUAAUUAUCCUUACCACAAGUAUGCACACCCCCAACUGGUUAAACAUAACGUACGCCAUCCUUGCCUCCAUGAUCACAGCGACCUCUUACGGCGACGAACUGAAGGAUGACAGGAAGUUGAUCAUGGUGCUAUUUGAUGCGUUCCGGUGGGAUUACCCAUAUCUGAUUUCAGGCUUGAAUGGGUUUCAAAGACUCGCGACAGAGGGCGUUAGGGCGGAGAACCUGAUGCCAGAGUUCCCAACAAUGUCUUGGCCUAAUCACUACAGUCUAACAACGGGAUUGCACAUCGGCGACCAUGGUAUGAUGGAGAACAGAAUGUAUGAGCCAGAGUCCAAGAAGGUCUUCGACUGGGGUAGUCCAAGUUACAGUGACCCAUUCUGGUGGAAUGGGGGAGAGCCGAUCUGGGUGACUGCCACACGCCAGAAGAAACGCUGCCGAAUGUAUUAUUGGUUAGGGUGCGAGGUCCCGAUACGAAAUUACACUCCAGAAUAUUAUAUAAAAUACACGGACGACCCAGGACCAUCUGCAUAUGAAAUUAAACGCAGCAUGAAGGAAACCUUUGAACACAUGAUGGAAAAUAAGACGGAUUUCGCAGGUUUUUACUUUGCUCGAACAGACUACUUUGCCCACCAUCAAGGCUUAUUCACGCGAGAUUUCAACGAGACAAUGCGGGAAGCAGACGGUAUCAUCACGUAUCUCCUAGACAACCUUGCAAACAGCAACUUAGCAGAAACAACAGACGUCAUCAUUUUCAGUGACCAUGGGAUGACAACUAAAGAUCCACGAAAGACAAUCUGGUUGGGGAAUCUUUUCAAUGAAACUUCAUGGGGCGACUCCGUAGAAUGGAGCAGUAUACGAUACUCAGAUGUCUGCAUAUGGCCGAGGAAAGGCAAGACUAAAUGGAUUCACCAUCAACUCAAAGACAAGCAUCCCCACCUCCACGUCUACCUUAAGGAAGAGAUCCCACAGGAUCAGUUCUGGCACUUCAAACACUCAAGAUUCACCCCACCGAUAUUCUUGCUGGCAGAUAUACACUGGUCCAUACUAGGAAUACAUCAUGAGUACAGACCUGGUGGCACCCAUGGAUAUGACAACCGAGAAAUUGAUAUGAGAGGCAUCUUCUAUGCGACAGGACCAGACUUCAAAGGCAACUACACAGCCAAGCCGUUUGCCAAUGUGAACAUCUACCAGAUCAUGUGUCAGAUCCUUGGAAUAGAUCCUUCGCCUCACAACGGGACCUGGGAGGCUGUGGAAGACAUGAUGGUCACCGCAUAUAAUGAUACUAAGAGGAAUGGAACUGAUAUGAUGACUGAGGAUAAACGUUACCUCGAGAGUCGAGGAGGCCCAGUCUUUUUGCUAGCUUUGGUGUUGUUGUUGUUUAUUUUGCUUUGAUAUCUGACGGGGCCAGGGACAAAACGACAAUGUAAGCUACGUGUGCGGACAAAGGUAAAAAGAUUCGUCCCCAUCGUAGGGGACGAAUACUAUGCUUCUAAAGUCAAUCUGUAUUGUGGUCGAGGAACGCACUCUCUGCAGGGUUGGCUAAGUUUAGCAUGGCGCAAGGAGCAUUUUAUGUUCCAGGUAAUGACCCUGCUCACUUCGUGCUGGAAGGUGUCGAGAACCAAACUCGCUCAACUGCAGGUACUAGACAGUCGAUGGCCAUGAUGGCGAUGGCUCAGGUACUAGAUAGUCGAUGGCCAUGAUGGCAAUGGGUUGUCUAGACUUGUGUUUUUUUCUCCAGUGACGUGCAUGUAUUUGGGAUAACACAGAGCUGUGGCAUGGACAAGACUAUGAACCUGACGAGGUUUAGCACUGCUGGCGAACAAUAAAGUAUAUAUUUAUUUUUUGUUUCUUCGAACAAUGCAACGAAUCAAUACAAACAUGCCUGUGAAUGAUAAACCAUACGCUCAAUCAGUGCCGGAGGGCAAUUGAGAUAAAUGCAACCCCUCCAUUCAGUACCUGUUCAAUAAUGAUAAAAGAAUGAUAUAAGCUGUGAACAGAACAAUGAUUUCAUUCAUGUUAAUCCGUGAAUCUUUCAACUCCAGUCAUACAAUGCACGAUGAGCAUGGUCGUAAAGCAAUCCUGUAAUAUCAAACACGGCCUAGCAUGGUAGA